CAACUUUUCCCUUCAUCAAAUCGAGUUUUCAGAAGUGUGCAACUUUGUGUUUUUCUGUUUCCUUCUGAGAAAAUUUUGCGAUCAAUCAUCAAUCUACGCCGAACCAAGAGAUCGUUUUUUUUCUUCUUCUGAUUCUUCAAUGGCGGCGACUUCCCUCUCGUCGUCUACGAUUCCGUCGCUAAAUUCCAAAAAAUCGUCUAGUGUUUCUGCUUUCGCGUCGCGUUCAGUCUCGUCCGUCCAAAUUCAAUUUCCAGUUCGUCGGGUUCGAACCGGAGAUUUGAAGUUUUCCUCCGUUUCUUCAAGGACUCGAAAUACUCCUCGCGCUAUUGAAGCGAAGAAGCAGACGUACGACUCGUUCGAGGAUCUGCUUGUGAACUCUGAUAAGCCAGUUCUGGUUGACUUCUAUGCGACAUGGUGUGGCCCUUGUCAGUUCAUGGUUCCAAUACUCAGUGAGGUGAGUGCAGCCCUGAAAGACAAGAUCCAGGUGGUGAAGAUCGAUACUGAGAAGUACCCGAGUAUUGCUAAUAAGUACAAGAUAGAGGCACUUCCUACGUUUAUCCUAUUCAAAGAUGGAGAGCCUUGUGAUCGCUUUGAAGGUGCUUUGACGGCUAAACAACUCAUCCAACGAAUUGAGGAUUCUCUGAAAGUGAAGCCAUAGUUAUGGAGCAUGAACUCUUUUAAUAACUGGUAUGUUUUUCAACUGUCCCUGACCUAAUCAGGGCUUAGGGUUAGCCACGUUUUUCAGUCAUUGUUCAUUGAUUAACAAGGAGAAUACAAGACAUAAUGUUUCUGAGUCUUUCGUAAGUAUCUUUGGAUUUGAGAAAAAAGAAGAUUAUUUUUGCAAAACCUUGUUGUGAGUAACGAUGAUCUUUUAUUCUCAAGGAAAUAACAGAGUAGCUAUUUCUCAGCAUGCCUCUCCAAUUACAUUAGAUUGAAACUUGUCUUAGGGAAAGAAAACAUAUAGGCUAUGAACCCUGCGAUUCAAGGGUUAGAAGAUCUAACAUCAGUACUAGGCUUGAAUAUCACGGACAGAGGCAGUGGUGAGGAGGCAAGAGCAUGGUGGUCAUCACCAUCGUCGUCGUCGGAGUCAUGGCCAUCACAGUAACCUAGGAGCAUGUCACCUUCUUGAGCAGUAAAGCCAAGAACACCAAUCAUAGUAGGCCAACACUUGCGUCCAAUAGUUCUUAUAGCACUGCAACAUCCAGGGCCAAUGUAAGUCUCACCGUUGAGGAAGAACAUGAUGAGCUCGCCAGAACAGUGUUGGAGCUGCAUCAGUGAGUCCCAGCAGUAACCUGUUUCUUCAUCAAGCCUGAGACGGUGCACAAGGCUCGUGGAAGGAGAAGAUGCACCCAUGAGAGGCCGAGCUGUCACUGUGGAAGAAGCCACCAUGAGCAUGAGCGUCACAGUGAAGGUAACCAUGAAACUGGAUUGGUCAGCCAUUACUCUGCAGAUUGAUAAGGUCGAAAUGAGAAAAGAUCAAGAAGUGAAGUCUGGUUGAUUUGUUUGUGUUUGUGAUGGGAAGUGAGCGAUAACCUUAGAGAGUUUAUAUAGAUACACUUAGGCCUAUAACUGUUACAAGUAAAUGGUAAGUGAAAGGACUAGAGCUAAUUACGAGGGAAACUCACUAGACACGUCUUUGUGAGUUAAUCAGUGCUUAGUGGCGUGAUGGGUAUAAUAAAUUAUUGGAAUUCAAUCUGCGUUAUAAAUGGGACGAACAUUUACUAUCGUUAACAAGUCAAGCAUGCUUAUUGGGUUAGUAUAGGGCUUGGAUCAGGAACAUUUCAUCUGUAUUGGGUUUACUACAAAGAUGAUAUCAAAUUGCAUUUGGCG